AUGAAACACCCACCUGGUCAGGAAAAUGAUAGAACCAUUACAUUCUCGAAUAUCAUCGCUUAUUACAAGCCUGAGGCUUUACCCGGCACUAAUAUCACCCGUGAAUAUCAGAAGGAACUUGAGGUUUCGUGCUCUCUUGACAAGACCUCGCAAGUCGGCCAAUCUUUCAAAGCAGCGCUCGGUGAAAUAAAGUUUAGCGUUUUUGGAUCCGGUCACUUCCGCCUGAAUUUUAAACGGUACAAGGGGGAGUCAUUUGAUGAGCUCGAAGAUGACAACGCUGAGGUCUGGCAAGAGGAAACGGUCUACUUUGAAGUCCAACUUGACUCAGUAGAAGAAGUUGGUAUGUUUAUUGAACAAUGCUGGGCGACGGCCGGCCAAGAGCCCGAUUCUGUUCCACGCCAUGAUCUGUUUACCGACAGAUGCCCUUCCGAUGUGGAUAGGACGGUUCAAGUCUUUUUUCCGAACGACACGGAUCGAGAAGGUUUUAAGUUUGACGCAUUUACCUUUGUUGGAGAUCAUGACAUGGUAUAUAUUCACUGUGAAGUUACGGUGUGUGGGAAUGACAAAGCCAUUAUGAAUCGACAGUGCUCUGGUACUUCAUCGAGACGCAAACGUCGUUCUUCUUCAUUCCUUUCCACUCAAACGAUCAGCAGUGUGCCGAUUCGUGUCCGCAGAGCAACCAACGAUAUGGCUACUCAUGAUCUGUCUACCUACAAUUCGUUUGGGACGUUUCUCAAUGGAAAUGUUGCGACCGUGCUUGCCGUAGCAAUCCUGAUGGGCGUGGUCAAGCUAAUUGGUCGUUCAACCGACAUCAGCUACAAGAGAGUCCCAACUGCUUCCAUGGAAGAGAUGUAG